GUGUACUGCGGGAGACCAGAUAUAGUGAAUGCAGGGUCCGGGGAGAGCGGAUAUAGUGAAUGCAGGGUCCGGGGAGAGCGGAUAUAGUCAAUGCAGGGUCCGGGGAGAGCGGAUAUAGUGAAUGCAGGGUCCGGGGAGAGCGGAUAUAGUGAAUGCAGGGUCAGGGGGAGAGCGGAUAUAGUGAAUGCAGGGUCCGAGGAGACCGGAUAUAGUGAAUUCAGGGUCCGGGGAGACCAGAUAUAGUGAAUGCAGGGUCCGGGGAGACCAGAUAUAGUGAAUGCAGGGAGAGCAGAUAUAGUGAAUGCAGGGUCCAGGGAGA